AUGUUCAACAAUCUUGAAUCCCUCAUUCAAGCAGACGACGAAUGGUCUCCUCUGCGGGCCGUCAUCGUUGGCCGAGCCGAGAAUUCUGCUUUCCCCUCUGAACCGCUCCCAAUGAUAAGAGCUACCAUGCCGUCACGAUAUGCCAAGGAAUUCGCGCCAUCAAACCCUUUCCCCCAAGACAUACUUGUCAGGGCCCAGCAGGAGCUAGAUCAAUUUGCCAGUCUCCUGGAAGAGCAGGGGAUUCGUGUCCAUCGCCCCGAAAUCGUCGACUGGCUCCAUGUUGGCGGAUACACGGGCGCAAUGCCUCGAGACGGCCUGAUGGUCGUCGGGAACACCUUGAUUGAGGCGCCGUACGCCUGGCGUUGCCGAAGGGACGAGAUUCAACUUGCCUACACCGGCAUUCUGGACAAAGUUGCGGCGAGCGGCACGGCCAGAAUCUGCCGGGCGCCUCGAAUUGUCGGGCAGGACACGAUAUACGACACGAAUAAAACGCUUACAAACGGCUUCGCCGAGGCUGGCGCCUGGGUCAUCAACAAUUCGAGGCCGGCUUUUGACGCGGCCGACUUUAUGCGGUUUGGCAAAACAAUCAUCGGACAACUGAGCCAUGUCACGAACCGCAAGGGAGUGGAAUAUCUACAAGCGCUCGUCCCAGACGGUUACACGGUCGAACUGCUUCACGUUACCGACGAGCAUGCAAUGCAUAUCGACGCCACCAUCUUGCCGCUCCGCAAAGGUCUCUUGGUGUACAACCCGGAGCGUGUAACGGAGAGCGCCUUGCGACAGCAUGGCGUUUUUGAAGAUUGGGAGCUGCAUGCCUAUCCGUUCGUUCCGCAAGCCCGCGCGUCGCCGUUGUACAUGUGCUCCCCCUGGCUGGUUCUGAACGCGCUCAGUCUGGAUGAGAAAAGAAUCAUGGUGGAGGCUGAGGACACGGUGUUUGCGGAUUGGGUCAAGGAGUAG